GAAAUUUCGCCGUCUUUCAUUGCAGACCAUCAAGCCUUCACCGAGACGCGAUAACAGCAUCUUUUGCUGUUAUUCAGCUCUCGCAUCUCAAUGACACUAUCCAGUGUUAACUCUCGCUUUUUUUCAUAAGAGAUUAUUUUCAUAGACUUUGCCGUGUGAUUUUUUUGUCUACAAAAGUUUGUACAUUAUUUUCUUGCCACCAUGGUGCUAGGAAAGGUAAAGAGCUUCAUUGUAAGCUACGACUGUCUAAAUGACAGCAAUGUCCCUGUUUUCUCAAGCGGGGACUCCGUCUCAGGAAGAGUUAUUAUUGAAGUCACCGGGGAGAUUCGUGUAAAGUCACUUAAAAUACAUGCAAAAGGAUUCGCAAAAGUUCGUUGGACAGAAUCACGAAAUGCUGGAUCCAACACUGCCUACACUCAAAAUUAUACAGAAGAAGUGGAAUAUCUGAAUCACAGAGACAUCCUUAUUGGCCAUGAAAGAGAUGAUGAUAACUCUGAGGAGGGACUCACCACUAUUCAUUCAGGAAGACAUGAGUAUGCAUUCAGCUUUGAGCUUCCACAAACACCUCUGGCUACCUCGUUCGAAGGGAAGCAUGGCAGUGUGCGCUACUGGGUGAAGGCUGAGCUGCACAGGCCAUGGCUUCUGCCUAUGAAGACCAAGAAAGAGUUCACUGUCUUUGAACACAUCGACAUCAACACUCCUCUCCUGCUGUCUCCCCAGGCAGGAACUAAAGAAAAGACGCUAUGCUGCUGGUUUUGCACCUCAGGUCCAAUCUCCUUAAGUGCCAAAAUUGAACGGAAGGGUUAUACUCCAGGAGAGUCCAUUCAGAUCUUUGCAGAAAUUGAAAACUGCUCCUCGCGUAUGGUUGUGCCAAAGGCCGCCAUUUACCAAACGCAGACCUUCUUUGCCAAAGGGAAGAUGAAGGAGAUCAAGCAAUUGGUGGCCAACAUCCGAGGGGAGUCUCUUUCUUCUGGCAAGACGGAGACAUGGAAUGGAAAAAUGUUGAAAAUCCCUCCUGUAUCACCCUCCAUCCUCGACUGCAGUAUCAUUAGAGUGGAGUACUCACUCAUGGUGUAUGUAGAUAUCCCAGGAGCCAUGAACCUGUCUUUAAACCUGCCCCUGGUGAUUGGCACCAUCCCCCUCCAUCCAUUUGGUAGCCGUACAUCUUCUGUGAGCAGUCAGUGCAGCAUGACCAUGAGCUGGUUAGGCAUGGCCCUCCCUGAGAGGCCUGAAGCUCCUCCAGCCUAUGCAGAGGUGGUCACAGAAGACCAGAGGCAGAGCUGUCUGGAAGUGUCGUCAGGGCGGGAGAACUUUGAAGCCCCGUUAUUGGCCUACAUCCAGGAGUUCCGCUUCCGACCCCCUCCACCCUACUCUGAGAUUGAUCCACAUCCAGAUCAAGCCACAUCGACCGCGGAGCAGAGACUCGACACCUGCCCAUCACGUUGAGAAAUGCAUGGAAUGAGUCCAAAGCGGUUGGGCUUUAGGAGCUUUCACGUUUGUUUAUCUCCCGAUGACAGCGAUUGUUCGCUUUGCUGUCACCACCAAGAGAAAACAAACCUCCUCCAUGGAGAAAUCCAUAUGUAAGGGUGCAGGAAGUCACUGGCAAAUUACCCGACCCAGAGAUUCGGCCCCCCCCCCCGUGGAUGGGACAUGCCCCACCGGACUAAGCCUGCAGAGCUUUGUCAAAGUAGUCAUUUUUCUCAUGCUUUUCAAGAAAAUGUUGACAAAGAACAUGCAGACCUUGUCCGAGAUCUGAAGAGAAAUGCAAGAAAACACUACGACCGCAGCCAUUCGCAGUACAUCUGAGAGAAACGCGUCAUUCUCUUGCCUCAGUUUUUGAUUUCUGUUUGCACAUGUUUGUUUUCCUCACUUGAGUUUUAAAAUCACUGAUUGUUUUAUUUCAGUUUUCGGCCUCUUGGACUAAGAGAUUAUAGGCUUAUAACAGUUUCGCUUGAGCCGCACAAAUUACAAACAACACAAAGAACAGAUUCUGAGGAAUAACAGACUGAAUGGACUGACAUAAUGCACUGAUCUUGUUUAAGCUCUUUUGAGGUCUGUAGUUUUCAUUGAUUGUGUUUCCUCAGUCGAUAAUCUGCUCUCGGUAACAUGCUGUCUGAAAGCUUUUGCAACGUUGCCUCACCGACUCAUAACCCAAGUGUGGCUUUUGCUUUAUUUUUUCCUGUUCAAAUGGACUUUUAUUUUUGGCUCUAAAUGUAGAAUGCCUUUAAGCCAAACGUGGUUUGCUUGGUGUUAAAUUUGCUGCACGUGUUGUUUGGUAGAGGAGCAAAAGUCCGGGACUUGGUGUUCAUGUGUGCGAUCGGAGCAGAGAGAUAAAACAGGGUGGGGUCUGGGCAGGAUGCCUGAAAAGUUAGUUGCCUUUCUGUUUGUAGUGUGUAGCGGUGCAGGCUUCGAGAUUGCACUGCCUGAAAAAAAAGCACUCAGUCUCAGGUGAUCUCACUUGCCAAAUGAUGAAAAAAAAAUGGUGUAGAUUAUGUUUCAGUUGCACUGUUUCAGUUCAAGGAAGGAGACUAUAGAAGGAAAUUCAGAUUCAGUACUGAAAAACCGAUUCAAUAAAGAGAAGAGAUAUGCACAAAGAUGCAAGGCAGCUUUCAAAGACUUACGACAUUCCCUUUUUGUCCUUCUGCACCAGAAGACUUACAUUUGACGUAAUGUUUCUUCAGACUGGUGAAGCCAGAUAUGACCCAAAGAAAGGCACAAAUGCUUAAAAAGCCAAGUUGUAAAGCAAACGAGGACUCUGGAUCCUAUCCAGAGAUAUCCGAAUCCAGUUGAAAUGAGUUGUACAUUUGUUUUUAAAACUCAUUCGACUACAAAAGUAGUUUAGGCUCUGAUCAUGCUUGGCCUACAUUUUGAGCACUUUUUUACUGAAUUGAAACCAUAGAUCUGCUCAUGUCUGGUUGAGGUCUGGAGAAAUGUUGGCAUUCGACUAUUUAGCAACUUAAAUAGUUUGGGUUUAUAGAAUUAGUCAGAAUUUGUGUGCAUACACAUUGUGUGUGUUAUAGGUUAUGGGGGUGGGUGUUGAGGUUGGGGGGGUCAUGAAUCAGCAGUUUUUGGAGCAAAAUAAAGUGGUCUUAACAUAGUGGCCUUGAUGAAGUACUGAUCUUAACAUGCUAACAUCCUAUUUGUUAUCCUUUUAGUUCUACAGAUUGUGGUUUAGUUUUAAGGACAAAAAGGGAAAACCAGGAAGUCCUUCAAAGCGAGCAUUGAUCAUGCCACUUUUGAUUUGAAUGGGUUUCGGUUUUCAGUUAUGGGUCCUGUUGAAUACUGUUGGGCAUUCAGUGUUUGUUUUUCAGACAAACGAUCUUAUACAGAUCCUCUCGUCUCAGUUAUUAUGGGAACAAUAGCUGUAGCACACCUUAGAGAAAUGGGUCAUCCAAAAACUGAAGAGAUGAUUAUAAGAAGAAAAUGAUCCGCUUCUCUCUUGUGUUUUAUAGUUCAAACCAAACCAAAAUUGGCUACUAAUGAAAGAAUAAGCUUAAACACAAAAAGAAAAGUGCUUCUUUUUGUGGUCGGUCAAUACUAUAGUCUAACGCUUGGCCUUCCGUGUAGUCCAGUGUUAAAGCUAAACUCUUGACUCUGUCAAGAAUAACCUUUUAAUGGAAAUAUGGUAUGUUUUAGAAAUUAAGUGCAAUAUUUCUUGAGUUUAUUUUGUCUCAGUGGUAUAUUUUGUCUUAUUUCAUUGUGAUUUCAUUUCAGAGAUCAUUAUGAACAUUAGAUAAUGACUGAAAUGUAUGUUCGUAAUGGUUUUAACUUUUGUCUUAGUUCUUCCUUGGAAAUAAAUAAACCUAAAAAUCCAUUCAA